CCCCAUCGCGCAAACAUGGCUCCCCCAUCCAAGCUCGCCGUAGCGACCUCCUCCGUCGUGCGUCUCGUCAAAGAAGAAGCCAGCUACCACAAGGAGCUUGAGCAGCAGCAAGCGCGGAUCCAGAAGCUCGAAAGCAGCACCAGUGACGAGAAUGCCGAGUACCAACUGAAGCAGGAGCGCCAAGCCCUGGACGAGACUAAGAAGGUGCUCCCCUCUGUGCGUCAAAAGAUCCAGGAUGCCCUCGCCCAGCUUGAGGAGCUGCUUGAGGCAAACAAGGAGGAUGGCGGCGCUGCGUCUACUGAGGAGGUCACUAAGGCCAAGGAAGCCGUCGCCAAUGCGAACAAGGCCAUCAGGGAAAGCGCUUGAGGCAGGGAGAUGGAGUCACGGUUAAUGAGUUGUCUUCUGGUGCCUUUCUAAUGGAUCUCAAUCUUCUCGUGAGAAUCCGGCUUCUUACUCGAAAGACUUUAAGUAAAUGAGUCUACAUUAACAAUGUAUAUCGCCAACAUCCGUGCCCAACCUGCCGAAGCAUGAAGUAGGUAUGCUAGAGGAUAACUGC